ACUGCAUCCUUUCUUUUUUGUUCACUACCAGAGGAAGGAGGAUUGGGGCAACAGGUGAAUCUCUGUAAUCCGGGUUUGAAUUGUUUCUGGACUGGACAACGUUGGAGCUACCUCAUUGAUUUGAAUCCUAAGGUGGUAAAGCUGCAGUUAAACCUUCGUUGCUGCUGACCGUCUCACUCAGGCUCUUUCCAGUCUCUGGUCCGUUUGCAGGGAGUUUGACCUUGCGGUAUGUAACUCAUUGCUGAAGGGUCAAAGAGGAUGAGUGCGGUCCGCCAAGGGAGCCUAUCUCUCUCCUCUGGGCAUUGUGGCCUGCUCGUGACCUUGGCAGCUCUUGUCGGGUGCUUGCACCUCUGCACCGCUUGCCCCAAGCAAUGUGCCUGCUAUGUGCCAACCGAAGUCCACUGCACUUUCAGAUACCUCAAUGCCAUCCCAGAGGACAUCCAAACUCAGGUGGAGCGUGUAAAUUUGGGGUAUAACAACCUGAUGGAGCUAACGAGCACCAGUUUUACUGGGUUGAAAAGUCUCGAACUGUUGAUGCUUCAUAGUAACAAGAUUCAAGAGAUACCAGACAAAGUCUUUCAGGAUCUGCAGUCGCUGCAGGUUCUGAAGAUGAGCUACAACAAGAUUAAAGCACUGAAUCGUGAGACUUUCCACGGUCUUCGGAGCAUAGUGCGGUUGCACAUGGACCACAACAGCAUUGAAUUCAUUAACCCUGAAGCAUUCUACGGGCUAACCUCAUUGAAACUGCUCCACUUGGAAGGAAACAUGCUUCAGCAACUACACAGAGAUACAUUUGUCACAUUUCGCUUCAGCCAGAUCUUCAAAAUGUCUUCAAUAAAGCACAUUUAUCUGUCAGAUAAUGCUCUAACAUCCAUUCCCAGUGAUCUGAUUUCUUAUAUCUCAGAACUUGAAAGCAUCUAUCUGCAUGGAAACCAAUGGUUUUGUGAUUGUAACUUGAGGUGGUUAACUGAACUCAACGAAAGACUACCAGGAAUAAUCAAAUGCAAGAGAGACCGGAAUUAUCCAAAUGGUCAGAUCUGCCCUUUGUGCGCGACUCCAGAUGUCUCUCGAGGCAAAGAUAUUUUACAGCUACCUCCUUCAGUGUUUGCAUGUGCACCACCAAGUAUCCAAUCCCCACUGAAAAUCAGUAACAGCACUCUGCAAGAAGAGGGGGAUUACGCAGCCGUUAAUGCCAAGGACUUCGUGGCACCUUUAGGUCAGAUGAGUUUGAACAUGAGCGAUCAAUCCGGGAAUGGCUGUGAAAUAACCUGCAACAUUCACAGACCCUCAGGAACACCACAGGUGAGCCUGGAUCAAAAAGAAGGCUACGUGCUGCUAAACUCUUCCCUGUCAACCUUCCUGGUCUGCUAUGUCGACUAUGAACAGCUCCAGCGGCUUUGGGGCAUCUUGGCAAUGUACACUGAUUCGCCUCUACAACUUGAGAAGGACACACUGCUGAGCAAAACACCGCACAUGAGUUACCUUUACAAACAGUCAUCAGCCACUGCCUUGCACCAGUUUACUGGCGUUGAGAUGCAGAUCAGGGCAGAUCCCGCAUGGCUGAUGCAAGACAAGAUAAACCUACAGAUGGACAGGACUCAGACCACCUUGAAUGUUUUGCAAAUCAAAUACCAGGUAGAGGUUCAAAUUAACUUGCAAGACCUGGAAGCUAAGCCUGGGAAAAAUAGUUGGGUGAUGAUAAAGAAAGCCAAAGGUGCAAAAACGGAACACUUUGUGGUGGUAGGUGGGACAGUGGAGUUAGAGUGCCAAGCUGUUGGUGACCCCAAACCCAUCAUUGCAUGGAUACUUCCAGAUGGCAGCAAAAUGCGCGCUCCAUACAGUAGCGAUGAUAGCCGGGUUUCGGUCAGUGCAGAUGGUAAAUUCAUACUAAGAAUAGCUGACCUCUACGACACUGGCAUCUAUCACUGUGUGGGAACCAAUUACCAAGAUGCAGAUGUACUGAGCUUCAGAGUCAUUGUUCUGGACCCUAAUGUGGCAGAGGACUAUAUAAAUGGCCCUUACAUUACUAAAUCUGGUGGAGACUCAAUCCAUCUUCCAUGCCAAGCAACUGGCGUCCCAAACGCAUCCAUUAGUUGGGUUCUUCCAGACCAUAGAGUAUUACAUCAAACAACUGGGAAUAAGGAGAUAACCCCAAAUGGAACUUUAAAGAUAAAAAGGCUAACAACCAGGGACAGUGGCUUUUACAGGUGUUUGGCUGCGAACCGUUAUGGGAUUGAUCUCUUGGCGCUACAACUAACGGUUACUGGCUCCAGAAUUUCUUCUGAGGAAGAAAUCGCUGAAAGUAACGAUGGAGCAGAGGGAAACUUUGGGUCCGGGGAGAGUGAAGAAGACAUGCUAGAGCCUGAAGAUUUGGAAGAUGGUCAGUUCUCUUCUCAGAGUACCUCAGAGGAUGAGACGUACUAUAUUACGACCAGCAGUUCACAGCCCACAUCUCAACCAGAAACAAGCACAGCUGUCCCAGUUACCCCCAGGAGGAGAACUAAAGGCAGUGGCAGAAAAACGCAUCAGCGGCCCAACCGUAGACGGUUGAAACAGCCUCGAAGGAGAGUAGACCCUCAGCACUGGGCAGAGUACCUGGCGAAGGUCAGAAAAAAAGUCUCCACAAAAACCGCUACACGUAAAAUCACCAUCAAACCUCAUGCGACAGAUUUGACGUUGGAGCCAACCGCUGAUGAGAAAGAAGCAUCAGGGGUUGACUUGGGAAACGCAGAAGAGGAAGAAUUAAUAGUGGUAACAACCAAACUGCCUACGGUUGUUUCAGGUUUUCCGUCAUAUCCUAUCACUGAGAAGUCAACAGAAAUUGGUCCACAGUUGAAAUCAAUUCUUCCGACUGUAAAGCAAUUCCACACAACAGAGCUAGAUGCAAAAGCUGCAGUUCCUCCAGUUCUAAAGGGGGCUACAGAUUCCAGUUUGUUUCCAAAGGUAACAGAGACCAUUACCAAAAAAGAAUCUACCAGAGUGAUAUCCCAGGGACCAACCGCAACUCCCCAUGUACCUAAACCAACCGAAGCAAAUGCAGAACUUCAGGUGACAGUUUCUCGCGACAUUAAGCAAACCCAUUACAUGCCGAGUCCAACACCAACACCAUUGACCACAGACAAACCAAAGGAACACACAUCAUCAAUAGCUGACACAACAGGAAAGGUUGACCCUGCAAGGACACGUGACUAUCACACUCACAUUGCAACAGUAACUAUGGCCAAAGAGGAUGGGAAUCGAAUUCUGUUUAAAACCACUCAGAAAAUCACAUUUCCAUUGACCACGUCCCUGUCCACCAUCCUCACUCAGCAGCUUCACAUCGUAAGGGAAGCCACGACUCGUGCUCCAGUUUCCAAAUCCCAGCGCUUUGGAUGGCGACAGAAAUUCCCCUAUAGACGCCGUUUUGGUAAGUCCGGCAGACGGAGACACAGGUACAAGAUUGUGAGACCCGAGCUGAGGAGGCCAGCGUGGUCUGAAGAGAGAACAACACUGUCCACCUUGAUGCAUUCUGCAGCCUCCAGCCCAAAUCAUAUACCCUCUGUCACCCAGAUCCCACCAGGACCUCCACUUCCACAACCAGCACCGAAGCCAAACGGAGCAAGUACCAUGUCUAUGCAAGCACCCAGCCAGCAAUCUGGAGAUUCGAGUGCCAGUGAAACUACCACCAAAUACACCAGAAUUUAUCCUAAGGAAGAAGUGCAAACAGUUAGUGAUCCUGAGGUGGAACGGACCUGGUCACAAUGGGUGACCAGGGCUGAUACUGGAAUACAAACUGCAGAAUCUGAAACCACAACACAGCUCGCUGAGACUAGUUUAGUUGCCAGACCAACACAUACCGAUGGGACAUUAUCAGAAAGGUCACCUUACUUUGACCUUCUCUCCACAACGACUGUGACAACUGCUGAGCCUUCAACACGGUCCUCCAAGGUUGUUCGUGGGAAAAUCCCUUGGACUCGGCUUUUCGGAUUAAAAAAUCAGAAGGAUGCUUUGAGAAGGCUUCGUAAACCCAUCAAGAGUUCCCAGGCCAAAACUGCUGUUCCUAAAAUGUCCAUCAUUUUAACGAAGCCUACUCCCCACAGUGUGAGUACAUUGCAGGCAGUAGGAGGCUCACUGAGACCAAACUUCUCGACACCAAAUCCCAAUAGCAACCAAACUAAGGCAACUACGAGGCUCUCUACUGUUUUCCUCCAUACCCCCUCUACCACAAAUCUGCCAACAACAGUUAAAAUUGUUCCCUUCACCUCAGAGACUGUGACCACCACUGCAGCCACUAUCCAAACAACUUAUGCAACACGCAGAAUGGGAUUCCGUCGGCGGAGACCUGGCAAGUUUAACAGAACAAGAAAGCGUCUAUCAUCGUCAUGGUCAAACAUGAGUCGUAACCGCUUGGUGGCAUCAGCAGCUGAAAGUAGGAAGAUGCAUCCAACAAAAACUAGGAUUCCAUUACCUCCACGCACUAGAGUAGCCACUGAAGCAUCUCAUGAUGUUGCCAUUGCAGCUAGCACCACCAUUGAAGAUGCACAAUCUUACAAGUCUCUUUUAACCUCAGCUGGAGUGACUCCUGCUACAAUCACAAGGCAGUAUAAUUCUAAAGUUCUACAUCUGCCUAGCAAUGCCCUUACCAGUCAGUCAACUGUAAAGCCACUCACCACACCCAAUACGAUAAUCCUAAUCCCACCUACUUCCAAAACCACAGCAAGGGGAAUUCCAACUGUUACCCUUCAAUCAUCCGGUUUCACAGAGGCAACUAGGUGGUCUACCAUCAGAAAGAAAAUUGAUCCUACCAAAAUAAUGCUGUUGCCCCCAGCUACUGAAAGCACCAGUGCCUCCACAACCAUUGUACCAUCCACUGAGCCAAGUGUACUUGCUACAACUGUGGCUGCAAGCUCCAAACAGCCACCAACCACUGCCAGGUCUCCGCCCAGGACUCUGCCCAGAUUCCGCAUCACCUUACACAGGUUUACCACAUCUGUGCCUCCGAAGCGGGACCAAUCUCUGCUGCCACAAUCCAGGAUGGAUACGUCACUUCGGCAAAACCUGCAGACCAAAGCCAUAAGCACCGUUCAAACCAGUACUGAGACUAAGUGGAAAACACCACUGAGUUUUACAGAGGGGCCAACUAGAUACAGGGUGGCACCACCCCCAUUGAACAGUGAUCUUGAAAACACAAUAGGGAAUGAAGGGGGCAAAGAUGAGCUUUUCAACAAGUCCGAUGCUUUGUCACCCAAUGUCAUUGCGGUGGAUCCCAUGAGUCAGAAUCGUCCCUCCAAACCAAGACUGAUCGGUGGAAACAAAGCCAGUUUCACCUUUGUGGCAGAUUCUGAUGCGUUUAUACCAUGUGAGGCAACUGGGAAUCCUCUUCCCAUCAUCAGCUGGACAAAAAUCUCAACAGGUGCAACAGUCACAGCUAAAGCUAAGCGUGGCAAUAAAUUUGAGGUCUUUCCAAAUGGCACACUGACCAUUCAGAAAAUCACAGUUCAGGACCGCGGACAGUACCUCUGCAUAGCAGAAAACCAGUAUGGUUCAGAACGACUUGUAGUCACUCUAUCUGUCAUAGCCUACCCUUCAAAGAUAUUAGAACCACGAAUGAAAGACAUCACAGUCCAUGCUGGGUACCCAGUGGAGAUGAAGUGCCGAUCUCAUGGAAGACCAGCUCCAACAAUUUCAUGGAUCCUUUCCAACAGGACCCUGGUGAGAAACAGCAGCCCAUUCAAUGGGAGAGUUUCAGUGUUGGCUGAUGGCACCCUCAAGAUUAAAGCAGUAACCGUGUAUGAUCAAGGGAGUUACAGGUGUGUGGCUAGUAAUCCAGCUGGGAUUGAUACAGUCACAGUUAGGAUGCAAGUGGUUGCUCAGCCCCCAGCUAUCCUAGAAGCAAGGCAAGAGAAUGUCAAAGGUCAAGAAGGACAGAACAUCAGACUGCCCUGCACUGCUGUGGGGACACCUGCACCUUCUGUCCAUUGGCAGCUCUUUGAUGGCACAGAAAUCAAACCUUUGCAGUUUAUCAACACAAAAUUAUUUGUCUUUACCAAUGGGACACUUUACGUCAAAUCCUUAACUCCGUCAGACAGUGGGAAUUACGAAUGUAUAGCUACAAGUUCAACAGGAUUGGAAAGGAGAAUUAUAAGUUUAAUGGUGGAACGCAAACAGGAGAUCCCUAAAAUUGUUUCUGCUUCUUCAAGUAAGAAGAAAGUGAACCAUGGAGAUAAAUUACAACUCCACUGCUCAGCCACAGGUGAUCCAAAGCCCAAGAUCAUUUGGAGAUUGCCAUCCAAGUUAGUUGUGGAUCAGUGGCACCGAUCGGCGAGCCGUGUCCUGGUGUGGCCCAAUGGGACCCUGUCAAUUGAAUCAAUCACAGAGCGAGAUGCCGGGAUGUACCUUUGCAUCGCCCGAAACAGGGUGGGCGAUGACAUGGUGUCGCUGAAAAUCGAUGUGUCCAUGAGGCCGGCGCUGAUCGAGCACAAACAGUCCGUUCACAAGCACGUCUCGUACGGGGCCGACCUGCAAGUAGACUGCAAGGCCUCUGGCUCCCCCAAGCCCGAGAUCUCCUGGAGCUUGCCCGAUGGGACAAUGGUCAACAACGUGUUGCAGGCAGAUGACAGUGGCAGUAGGACGCGCAGGUACAUAGUCUUCGGCAACGGGACGCUCUACUACAAUAAGGUGGGGAUGGCUGAAGAAGGCGAUUACACAUGCUAUGCGCAAAACACUCUGGGCAAGGACGAGAUGAAAGUCCAUGUGACCGUGGUGACAAUGGCACCGGAUAUAAAGAAACCACACAAGGGAUCCCUGAAGGUAACAAGUGGAGGCAUUGCAAUGUUUGAUUGCCAGGCUGCGGGAAAGCCACUGCCAAGGAUUCUAUGGAUGCUCCCCACAAAUGAGAUCAUAUCAUUUUCCAAGAAUCGGUAUCAUUUGCAUUCCAAUGGUUCACUGCUAAUCAGGAAUACCCGACUCUCUGAUGCCGGGAAGUACAUGUGCAUUGCUCGCAACCCUGGAGGUGAUGAUACGUACCUUUUCCAUUUGGAUGUGGCCUCAAAGCCACCGCUAAUAAACGGUUUGGCCGGGAAUAAGACGGUUAUCAAGGACUACGCGGUAAGGCACAGCAGGAAACAGAUCGACUGCAAGGUGGAGGGAGUUCCCAAGCCCUACAUCACCUGGAUUAUGCCGGAUAAUAUCAUGUUAAAUGCUCCGUACUAUGGGAGCAGGAUCGUGGUCCAUCUGAACGGCACCUUGGAAAUCCGCAAUGUUAGGGCUACGGACAACGCCGAGUUUGUCUGCGUGGCCCGGAACGACGCGGGGGAAGCCACGCUGGUAGUCAACCUGGAGGUGACCCGGAGGUUACGGAGGCCCGUCUUCAAGAACCCAUUCAACAAGAAGGUCGUGGCGAGCGGCGAGGGUCCCACCAUCCUGAACUGCUCGGCGGAUGGCUAUCCGCCUCCAGAGAUCAUCUGGAUCCUUCCCAAUGGAACACGGUUCACUGGCGCACACAAGACAGCCCGCUACCAAAUAAACAGUAACGGCACCUUUCUGAUUCACAGCCCCACUGUCGAGGAUACUGGCAAGUACCGGUGUGCAGCCAAAAAUACAAUUGGAUAUAUCGAGAAACUGAUUGUCUUGGAGGUCGGUCAGAAACCCGUGAUCCGCACCCGGCCUCUGGGAUUAAUACGCAGCAUGAGUGGGGAUGCUUUAUACCUUCACUGUUCUGCCAAUGGUAGGCCAACGCCAAACAUUGUGUGGACCGUGCCCAGUGGGUACAUCCUCAACAGACCACAGAUAAAUCCUAGGUAUAUCCUGUUUGAAAACGGGACUUUGGUCGUCAGGGAAGUGAGUGUACGCGACAGGGGCAACUACAUUUGCAAAGCGUACAACAACGCAGGUGACGACUCCACCAUAACGUCGGUGAUUGUCAUCGCCUACCCACCUCGCAUCACCAACGGACCACCCAAGUCGCUUCAGGUUUUGGCCGGCUCAGCUGUCCAACUUAACUGCAUGGCGAUUGGCAUCCCCAGGCCAGAGAUCGUGUGGGAGCUGCCGAACCACACAGUUCUUUCCACAUUCAGCAAGGGCCAGAUGACUGACAGUGGGCUCCUGCACCCACAGGGAACACUGGCGAUCCAAAAGCUAACAGCAAAGAAUUCUGGGACAUACAAGUGCACAGCCAAGAGCCAACUAGGCAGUGACUCACGAGUGACAUAUAUUCAGGUCAUAUGAAGUGACUGCUCUUCAUAAAUACAUCUCUAUAUUCUUAUAUUCAUUUUUGAAUAUAUAUAUAUCUAUAUAUUUUUUACAGAGAUUAAUAUUAUACUUUGAUUUUGACAAUUAAGUCUAUGGACUGAUUCAGUUGAGAAGGAAAUAUUUUAUUUCCCUGAUUAAAGAGAUCGGGUUGGGGUGGGGGGGGGAUGAAAAUUUAAAAUAAUGUGUUUCACAGGAAACUGCUGAGAUUGAAAGACACUCUGCUUUUAUAGCUGCCCAACCUUACUGUCCACUCAGAUCAGCUGAGAGCAAUAUUGGUGUAAAGUCAAUGAUCCAGCCAAUCUAAUUGGAUUGCCACCAGGAUGUUGGCAAAACAUUGGCCCUUAUUUCAAGGGGGUUGGAGUAUAAGAGUAGGGAAGUUUUACUACAACUGUACAAGGUGCUGGUGAGACCACAACUGGAGCACUGAGAGCAGUUUUGAUCCCCUUAUUUCAGGAAAGUUGUCAUUGUUUUUGGAGGCAGUUCAGAGAAGGUUCAUUAGGAUAAUCCCUGGUAUGGAAGGAUUGUCUUAUGAACAAAGGCACAACAGGUUAGGACCCUACUGAUUGGAAUUUAGAAGAAUGAGAGGUGCUCUAAUUGAAACUACAGGAUUCCUAAGGAGCUUGACAGGGUAAAUUCUGAGAGGAUGUUUCCCCUCAUAGGAGACCCGAGGACCAGAGGGUACAGUCU